AUGAACAAAGCAGGAACUCUUCGAAAUGUGAAUUCGGGGCAGGAACAAAUUAUUCUUUCAAAAAAUUCGCAGAGGCAUUACAACAGUGUGCAGCCCCAAACGGUGGAACACUUUCUAUGCAAAAAUGAAAAAGGAGAUGACCAAAAUGGAGGGACAUGUUUUUUUAAGAAGGACCAAACGUUUUCCAAAUUACUUGUUCAUCCAACCCUAGUUGAUGAAUUGAAGAAAAAUAACAUCACCAUUCCGUCACUCAUUCAGUUCGACUUGUUGCAGUAUUAUAAUAAGUGCUUCCCCAUGCUGCGAAAUAUUAUUAUUGGUGCUGAAAAUGGGAUUGGCAAAACCUUGUCCUACAUCAUUUUCGUUUUGAACCACAUUUUGAAGCAAUCCAGCAGGCAGAACAGAGUCUUCGUCUUGAUUUUUCAGUAUAGUGGGUUGCUCACUAGGCAGUGCCUCCAAGUCGUUCGACGCCUCUCCAGAAACUUCAAGGUGAAGAGCACCACCCUGAAUCCUAACCCCCUGAACCCUACCACCUUGAACCCUACCACCCUGAACCAUACCCCCAUACCCCCCGUGAACCUGAACCCAAACGAAAGCCUCAUUCUGAUCACCUCCCCCGUGAGGUUCGCCACCUACAUGAAGGAAAACGAAGACGCAGUAACUCCCUUUCUCAAAAAUCUAGACUUUCUCAUAAUGGACGAAGUGGAUGUCAUGUUCGACGACCCAUAUGUGAAACACAUCAAGGCGCUUUACCAACAAAUGAGUAAAUUAGCCAACACGAAAUACAUCUCCAUAGUAACAUCUUCCACCCUGUGCAAUAAGGGGAAAAAGUCAGUGUACCAAAACAUCAACAAGUAUGUAACAGACGCCGUUUUGAUAAAGACGAACUACCUGCACAAUGUACACCCCCUUGUGAACUACCACUUUGUAAAUUUGCCCAUAUACACUGUUAGUGAAAAAAAAAAAGCCAUAAAAAGGAUCAUGUCGAAAGAAAAUUACAAAAAAACUCUCAUCUUUUGCAAUACAAUUACCAGCUGUAAUAAUGCAUUUAGUCAGUUGAGCUCCCUUUUUGAGGACAUCUACCUUUUCAAUUCAUCGUUAAAGAAGGAAGAUCAGUUUGCCAUUCUGGAAGUUUUCAAGAACUCAGAGAGGUGCAUCCUCGUGACCACUGAUAUAAUUCACAGAGGGGUGGACAUCAAGGGAAUUACGCACCUCUUUCACUUGGACGCCCCCACCAACAUUGUGGUUUACACGCAUAGAAACGGAAGAAUCUCCAGGGGAGCCAGCACAGGAGACAUAUACCUUUUUAAUGACUCGGACAACUUGGUAACCAAAAAAAUUUACGAGCUUCACAAAAAGAACGUCAAAUUUGAAGACAUCUUUAGCAGGAAAAGGUCUUUGCGAAAGAAUUAUAAAAGGGACUUAAAAAAAUCCAAGCAGGGGGAAGGGAAGUCGGGGCAGAGUCCCCAGAGUUCUACGUAA